UGUUUGUAAGACGGGACCCUGGAGUGUUAGGAAGAAACAUAAGAAAAUGGAAUUAUAAAUAAUAAUCAAUCACAACACCGCCUCUCUCUUCAACUACACAUCGAUUUUCCAGGAUUCAAGUGAUCUAUCAUCUUCUGCGAAUCCGCGCAAUGUAAAUGUUUAAACACGAGCUGCUUCUUUCAACUCCUGGCCUAUGACGGCGGACCUGGUAUAAACAAAGAAACUCAUUAUGAAGAGGAUGUUAUGCAAAGGACAAUGACAGUCGCAUGUCAGUGAAUUCAAUAACUACUAGUAACCGAUGAAUGUCCAACUCUAAUAGGGUACAUGAUGAAUCGCUCAACAUAAUCCACGCUAUCAUCCUUAAAGGUAAUAAAAAGUAUCCGGAAAGUAUUUCAUACGCAGUUUGCGAGGCUAUACCUAUUAUUAUAAAGACAUUAGUCAUUCAAAGAGAAUAUUCAACUACUUUGCGCUUGGGUUGGCGUGGCGUAGGCCCGUUGUUUUCCUCUGAUGUGAGAUUUUCGACCAGAUUGUUAGAUCACUUCUCCUUUUUGAUAGGUUUCCGUUCUAGUUUUUUUUUUCUAUACCUCGCUAUGAGGACCUUUUCAUGAUGGACAUCGGUGCAUUACAAAAUUAUUAUUAUCAUCUUGGCAUCAUAUAUGCAGCAUGUAGAUAACCAAUCUGUGAACGGCGCCGUCAAUCAUGAGUAUUUAGUCUCUCCACAUGUUACUCCAAUAACAGCACAAACUUAUUGAGUUGUGUAUUUCAAACCUCCUUUUCAAAAUUCAUUUCAGCUGAUGUCUGCAUUUUCAGGACACUGAUUUCGAUCUAAUUACUAUUUUUAUAGUAUAAAAAUUGUCAUUUUUAUGAUGCAUUCACUUUCAUUGAGAUAAAACAUUUGACAAUGAGUAGCAAAACGGAAACAUGUAUCGAGGAAUAUACUGCUGAAUAUUUUAGUCUGCACUGUUCUCUUGAAUGUUGAUGGCCCAAGACCUUACAAACAAGGAUCACUACAUGGAUUUGAGUGUCAAAAAGUUGUUGAAAGCGACGAAAUGCAUAACUAUCUUGUAAAACUAGAACGAUGUGAACCACUUUGGCGAUGUAUUACCUAAUACGUUCUUCGCUCUGAGCAACUCCUCGAGCACGCCCACGUAAAGUUUGUAUAAUUACCUGUCGUUAUUAGCAGUGUGUGCGGGAGAGUGUGUAUGUGUGUGUGAGAAAGAGAGAGAGAAAGAGAGAGGGAGAAGGUAUGCUUCUAUCACUUUACAAUCUUCCCCCGCAUAUAUAUGACCAGAAAUGAAAUAUAAAAGAUGAAAAGUGGCUAUACGCUCACAAUUGAACUUUCUUCGUUCUGCCUGCAUGCAUGGCAUAUAUCCAUCUUCAUCUCUUGGGCCAGAGGGACGGGGGAAUGUUCACACUUGUCUUCUAUCUGUUACAUGGAAUCGCGGCGGUCUGUGCUACAUGUUUUUCAUAGAUGUUCAUACUUUCUGUAGUUAUUUGCUUUUCCUUGUUCCAAAGCAAGAUAGUGCAGUCAUGCAACCUUCAAGUGGUUAUCCUCUGGUUCGUAUGUUGCUCAUUUUAGUACUUGCAGGACCGUACAGUUUGGUCAGAGGGAGUUCUGCUUCUGAUGCACAAGAAUCUAUGUCUUCGGGGUCUGAUGUCCGUUAUUCAACUACACAGAAACAGAGGAAAAACUCUGAAGACGACGGCGUUCCGUUUAGUUCAACAUCGACAAGUAGUGAUCAAACUUCAGGUUUUCCUUCAACAGUAGAACGCUCCUAUAAAAUUAACAGUGUUUUUGCCAAUCGAAUAGCCGAACUGAAAAACAAUUUAGAGCGCCAUCUUGAGACCACAACGAAUCUCCUUGUUGCACUACAAAGUAUUGAUAUCGAGGAGCUAGAAGAUAACCAGCGAUUCAUAAAAUGUGCCACGAAAUUUUUGCCUUCCUUCAGUUACAGUCGACAGUUAAAUGAAGACAACGAAAGACAAAAUGAAACAACAAAUUCGACUGCAUUACCGACCUCUAAUUCACAUGAAAACCAUUCACUUUGUUCAAGUCAAACUUGUCGACAUGAAGAACCGCGAAUAGACAUCCAUAACAAUUUCACAUCCACUACACAGAGCACAACACAACGGGAUCAAAAUCAAACAACAAUGGCAUCGAAUGUUUCUUCUCCUACUACUUCAACGAUUACGACGGCGCCAAGUGCAACGAGAUCGGAGCAAUUUUUUCCGCCUCGGCCAAAUUUCCCCGCACGUCCGGACUUUCCACCACGUCCAAAUUUUCCUCCUCGUCCAAAUUUUCCCCCGCGACCUAAUUUCCCACCCGAAGGACGGAGUUCUCCUCUUACAAACGUCGAAAAGGAUAAUUUGGAAAAAAUAGGAGAUACACCAGUUCGCGCAGAAGAGUCACUCAAAGUUUUCCGGGAGCAUUUGUCUAUCGAGGACUACAUGAGAUUAAUGGAAAAUCGACCUCAGUUACCCCCAUCCUCAGGUUUACAAACACCCCCCUUUAGAGGUAAAAGAAAACAACGAUCAUUGUCAAAAUCAUGCGGCUCGUAUAAGGGUUGCCUUCACAUCUUAACCUCAUUAAAAGAAUGGAAAAAGUAGACUUUUCACCUUCAGCAUACCUCGAAAUUGAUAUAUUUAAAGAAUCUAGCCAAUAAUAUCUACUUCUAUCAUAUUUUAUGUUAAAUCUUAUGAAACAUAUUUUUACUCCUUAGUCAAGAUUAUAUUUUUGAUGAAGAUGAUUCGGCUUUGUGAAUUGUGUAUUUUGUAUAUUGGUAAACUAUUAUAUAUAUUUAUUAACUGAAUCGCAUCUGUGAUACGAAUUCUCACGUUAUGUGUUUUGUUGUUGUUGUUGUUGUUUUGGAGAGAAAAGGGCAAACAAUUGAAACGUGCCACGUACCCUAUGAGAGUAUACUGAUCGACAUACAAAAUUUAAUUUUGAAAGAUUGCUUGCCACAUAUUUUUUACAAUGUUGUCAAUCUUCAUAUGUAUAAAAUUUUCCAUGCUCAUAGGAAUUUAGGAAAUGUGAAAAUAUUACAUGGAAGACAUAUUAUUUUGUUUUUCUUCAUGAAUAAAACAUAUCGUUCCAACCGCUGAGCCAAGAAUAGAUAUUGUAGUCGUGUUUUUGUUUAGGAGCUACACUGGUAUACGCUUCGUGAAAAGGACUGGUCGGAUACCCUAUCCGAUAAAGUCGCUUCUAUCCGUUAGACGAUCGUUAUUCCAAUAACACAAAUUAUUGCAUAAUAUCAAGACGUUCGUUUAUCCGAAAUUUCGUGCUAUUAUUCCGAAAGUUCUUUCAGCCGGAAAAUAUAGGAGAGUUAUUCUUAGGUUCGAUAGUCCGUAAAUAAUAAAAAUGAAGUUGUUAAUACGAAUUGUAAUCAAUAAAUUAUCGGAACCGUACUUUUUUUCGGACAAUCGAGGCUUAAGAAUAGCGAACCAAAUUUUUAGAUCAAAGACACUUUGGCUAUUUUUGCAAACUCUGGAAUCAAUCCCAUUUCAAUUCUUGUGAUAAAUUUUAAGUAUUUGAUUUGACUGACGUUGAUAAAACCUUUGUAAAUUAUACCAUGUUGAUUGCAAUUUCAACUUCCUUGCAUAAUUAUGUUCAAUACAGUAAGCCUAUAUUUUAUUCGUCUAGAGAAAAUGUAAUUUAGACAAACACAUGUCGUUGCAGCUUAUACAUCACCUUUGUUGCACUUCAUGUAGAAUGAAACUAGAACCUAUCUUUCUACAUAAUAUUGUAUAGAUAUGUACAUAUUUUUUUUCGUAUCACAAAUUACAUCAUCAUUAAUAUA